GGGAGGAGGGGAAAGAGGAGAAGGGAAAGGGAGGAGGAAGGGAAAAGAGAGACCAUAGACUUCUUCCUCGGCCUAGAGCGGUCCUUAAAGUGCAGGGGAGAGGAGGGUGGGCGGGGACCACCCCAGAACUGGCCGCCGGCGGUAUCAUGGCGUCCCGGAACCCCCCUCCCCAAGAAUAUGAAAGUGAUGACGACUCUUACGAAGUGUUGGAUUUAACAGAAUAUGCAAGAAGACACCACUGGUGGAAUCGAGUGUUUGGCCACCGAUCAGGACCUAUGGUAGAAAAAUACUCAGUAGCUACCCAGAUUGCAAUGGGUGGCGUGACUGGCUGGUGUGCAGGAUUUUUGUUCCAGAAAGUUGGAAAACUUGCAGCAACAGCAGUAGGUGGUGGCUUUCUGCUCCUACAGAUUGCCAGUCAUAGUGGCUAUGUGCAGAUCGACUGGAAGAGAGUUGAAAAAGAUGUAAACAAAGCAAAAAGACAGAUUAAGAAACGAGCAAAUAAAGCAGCACCUGAAAUCAACAAUGUAAUUGAAGAAGCAACAGAAUUUAUCAAACAGAACAUCGUGAUAUCCAGUGGAUUUGUGGGAGGGUUUCUGCUCGGCCUUGCAUCUUAAGGACAUGAAUGAUCCUUCCUAGUGGAUCCAACUGUGAGAAGAGAGUGGCAGCAGGGUGACUUCUCAGCAGCACAUGCCACCAGAGUCUCCAGAGCAGGGAGAAACAACUCACUGGACAAUACCAAAUUCACAACUUAGCAUUUUGCCAUCUGAAGCUUGGCAAAUGAGUAUCUGCUGUAAAACAGCCUGUGUGGUAUUUGAACAAUAGUAUUCAUGAGCAAAACAUGGCUUUUGGUGUUUUUUUCAAAAUUUGCAUCUGUUUAAAAAGUAGCCAGUAAGAUAGCACUAUUAGAUAUGGAUAUGAGAAAAAAAAAUCUGUUGGCUCUAUCUCCCAGUGAAAUAUUACUCUUUUUUAUUUAAA